CGACGUUUUCUAAUUACGGCGGUUUCAUGUUGUAAUGUUGUUUGAGUUUCUGUUUUCAUCUGCGAAAAAAAUCCCGAAAUUUAGCUCUUGGAAGAUUUUUAUUCCUUGAGAAUUAAAAUUCUUUGUGUUUAUCCCUCUCCCGUAUAUAACCCAUCAACGCUGGGUUUCGAGUCUCUUGUCUCCAUAUCUCCAUCUCGUUCUGCACUUCCUUUAACCAUCAAAGAGUUUCUUUGCAUGAAAUAAAAAGAAUGAAGUCUGGAGCUUUCUUUUUGCUGCUUCUCUGUUUGAAUCUGGUGUGCUUUGGGGUGAUUGCCACUGGUCCACCAACUUGCCCUGCCGAUCAUAUUACUGAAUGCAGCGGCAGUGAUUCAGGUGAAUGGGAAGGGGAAUUCUUCCCAGGAAUUCCUAAAAUCAAGUAUGAGGGUCCAUCUAGCAAGAAUCCACUUGCUUUUAAAUGGUAUAAUGCCAAUGAAGAGAUCCUUGGGAAGAAGAUGAAGGAUUGGUUGAGAUUUAGCGUUGCAUUUUGGCACACAUUCCGUGGAACAGGAGCUGACCCAUUUGGAGCACCAACAAAGCUUUGGCCAUGGGAAGAUGGUACUAAUUCAUUAGCAAUGGCCAAAAGAAGAAUGAGAGCCAACUUUGAAUUUAUUAACAAGCUUGGAGUUGAUAGGUGGUGCUUCCAUGAUAGAGAUAUUGCACCAGAUGGUAAAACCCUUGAGGAAGCUAAUGCAAACUUGGAUGAGGUGGUAGAGCUUGCAAAAGAGCUUCAGGGGUCUAAAAUCCGUCCUUUGUGGGGCACAGCACAGUUAUUUUUGCAUCCACGCUAUAUGCAUGGAGCUGCUACAAGCUCUGAAGUAGGUGUCUAUGCAUAUGCAGCAUCUCAGGUCAAGAAAGCAAUGGAGGUUACACAUUAUCUAGGAGGAGAAAAUUUUGUUUUCUGGGGUGGUCGGGAGGGUUAUCAAACCCUUUUGAAUACAGAUAUGGAAAGAGAACUUAACCACUUGGCAAGAUUUCUGGAAGCUGCUGUUGCCUACAAGAAGAAGAUAGGAUUCAAUGGGAUCCUGCUGAUUGAACCCAAGCCCCAAGAGCCCACCAAGCACCAGUAUGACUGGGAUGCUGCAACAACAGCUGGAUUUCUACGGAAAUAUAAUCUUUCAGGUGAAUUCAAACUCAACAUUGAAUGCAACCAUGCCACCUUGUCUGGUCACAGUUGUCACCAUGAGCUUGAGACUGCAAGAAUCAAUGGGUUACUUGGAAAUAUUGAUGCUAACACUGGUGAUCCUCAGAUAGGUUGGGAUACAGAUCAGUUCCUUACUGACAUAGGAGAAGCAACUAUGGUUAUGCUCAGUGUGGUUAGAAAUGGGGGGCUAGCACCAGGAGGAUUCAAUUUUGAUGCAAAAUUACGGAGGGAGAGUACUGAUGUUGAGGACUUGUUUAUUGCUCAUAUAACUGGAAUGGAUACCUUGGCCCGUGGGCUUCGAAAUGUUGCAAAGUUGAUAGAGGAUGGUUCUUUGGCUGAGCUUGUUCGUAAGCGUUAUGAGAGUUUUGACACUGAAAUUGGGGCUCAAAUAGAGGCUGGGAAGGCUGAUUUUGAAUUCCUUGAGACGAAGGCCAUGGAAUGGGGAGAACCUAAGGUUCCUUCUGCCAAGCAGGAGCUUGCGGAGAUGGUUUUCCAAUCUGCAUUAUAGGAACGUGGGCUACACAUACAUUAGUGUAGAGAGAGAAUAGUUUUGUCUUCUUACCAACUGUCGUUUAGAAGUUAUAAUAGCAGACAGAAGGAAACUUCGUACAGAAACUGAUUGUUGCCGCAAUAAUAGAAGCUAUUAAUAUAUACAUAUCCUGAGAGCUAUACUGCUUGAAGAGAAGGGAACAAGUGAUACAACAUGACUCUUAUUUUUGUUGCCGCAAUGGUUGAUUCAUUGAGCACACAGGUGAUAUGACAGUCUGUCAUAUUUGAACUGAUCAACUGAUGGGCUCUACGCCUUCAAUGGCUAGUUCCUUGAAAUAAAUCACAUUGGCUAUUUUGGAAGCAUGGCCAAAAUUUUAAGGAGCUAGUCAUGCAUCAACUGUUAAUACUUGGCAGUGGUUGAUUGCCUAGUAGCUCUUUUAAGUUUUGUACCACCCUUUGACAUGUAAAACAGCUUACUGAAAUUUGGAUGCAAUCAUGCAACCAUCCAACAAUUGGAUUGACUUUGACUCUAAAAUUUAGAGUUUGAGCUUGAUGGCUCCGGUGCAUUGGAAGCGGUUGUUGCU